CGGCGGCGCCGGGUGGGGAUGGGGUCGCAGACGCUGCAGAUCCUCCGGCAGGGGGUGUGGGCCGCGCUCAGCGGGGGCUGGUACUACGACCCGCACCAGGCCACCUUCGUGAACGCGCUGCACCUCUACCUGUGGCUCUUUCUGCUCGGCCUGCCCUUCACCCUCUACAUGGCUCUUCCUUCUUCAAUGAUUAUAGUAGCAGUUUAUUGUCCUGUGAUAGCUGCUGUUUUCAUUGUUCUGAAGAUGGUCAACUAUCGACUCCACAGAGCACUUGAUGCCGGAGAAGUUAUAGAUAGGAGUGCGAAUGAGUUCCCAGAUCAGCGAGCCAAAGCUGAGCAAGGCAACUGUUCAACCAGGAGAAAAGACAGUAAUGGACCGAGCGAUCCUGGUGGAGGGAUUGAAAUGUCUGAGUUCAUUCGAGAGGCCACACCCCCAGUUGGUUGCAGUUCAAGAAAUUCUUAUGCUGGCCUAGAUCCAAGUAACCAGAUUGGAUCUGGUUCCUCUCGUCUUGGAACAGCAGCAACUAUUAAAGGAGACACAGACACCGCUAAGACUUCUGAUGAUAUUAGUUUAAGCCUGGGCCAGAGCUCUAGUCUUUGUAAGGAAGGAAGUGAAGAACAAGAUUUGGCAACUGAUCGGAAGCUCUUCCGUCUGGUCUCCAAUGAUUCCUUCAUCUCCAUUCAGCCUUCCUUAUCCUCCUGUGGACAGGACUUACCAAGGGACUUUAGUGACAAAGUGAGCUUGCCGAGUCAUGGCCACCACCACCACAUCGAUCAGUCUCUGUCCAACACCUGUGACACAGAAGUGGCUUCUCUUGUCCCUUUACAUUCACACUCUUACAGGAAAGAUCACCGGCCACGAGGGGUACCACGGACUUCUAGCUCUGCUGUGGCUUUUCCAGACACUUCACUGAACGACUUCCCUCUCUAUCAGCAAAGACGGGGGUUAGAUCCGGUUAGCGAGUUAGAAUCUUCCAAGCCUCAUUCUGGAUCCAAAGAAUCCUUGGUGGAAAAUGCUUGUUUAUCUGGGGAAUUUCAGCUCGUUGGUGAGCUGAAAAACAGUAAUUCUCAGCCACCUACAAAAAGUGGGAGGAGCAAACCUUUGAAAGCAGACAAAAGCGUGGACAGCCUGAGGAGCCUGAGCACGCGGAGCAGUGGGUCGACAGAGAGCUACUGCAGUGGAACGGACCGUGACACCAACAGUACCGUCAGCAGCUACAAAAGUGAGCAGACCAGCUCGACUCAUAUAGAGAGCAUCUUGUCGGAGCAUGAGGAGUCCCCUCAAGUAGGAAAGAAAAGCGGUAGGAAGAAAGAGGAGUGCUGUGCUGACCCAGAGGACCAGAGUAGCUGUACCAGUGACAAAAGGACUAACAGUGAGAAGACUGCCUUGGAAGUGAGUACAAACAGUGGGGUUCAAGAGGCCAAGGAUCCCAGCACCUCUGAUGAUAUGCACAAUCAGAAAGGUCUCAGCACCUCUGCAUCUGAAGAAGCCAACAAGAAUCCCCACGCAAAUGAAUUUACUUCCCAGGGGGACAGACCGCUUGGGAAAACCGCUGACCCCAAAGACGAGCAGAGUGAAAAGUCAGCUGUCUCAGCGGACUCAAAAGUUGGUAAAGACGGUGGUGGAAAGCAAAAGGAAGGGGAUGUACGACCUAAAUCCUCUAGCUUGAUCCACCGGACAGCCUCUGCCCAUAAGUCAGGCCGGAGACGGACAGGAAAAAAACGGGCCAGCAGUUUUGAUUCAAGUCGGCAUAGGGACUAUGUGUCCUUCCGAGGUGUUGCUGGCACAAAGCCACAUAGUGCUAUAUUCUGUCACGAUGAGGACUCUAGCGACCAAAGUGACUUGAGCAGAGCAUCAAGUGUGCAGUCUGCUCACCAGGUCAGCAGCGAUAGCUCUUCCAGCACCACUUCUCAUUCAUGUCAGUCUCCGGAGGGCAGAUGCAGUGCUCUAAAGACCAAACACGUCCCGAAAGAAAGGGGCACUGACUCCGAGCACACACACAAAGGCCAUCCGGGUCCCGAAGGAACUUGCAAAAAGCGGACGACACGUCGGACUUCCAGCACAAAUAGUGCCAAGACGCGGGCCCGAGUGUUGAGCCUGGACAGUGGCACAGUAGCGUGUUUGAAUGACUCCAAUAGGCUGAUGGCACCCGAAAGUAUAAAACCCUUAACCACUUCAAAAUCUGAUCUCGAGGCCAAAGAGGGAGAGGUGCUAGAUGAGCUAUCGUUAUUGGGCCGGGCUUCCCAGUUAGAGACGGUCACUCGGUCUAGGAAUAGCUUGCCAAGCCAGGUUGCGUUUCCUGAAGGCGAAGAGCAAGAUGCGGGCAGUGGAGCAGCACAGGCCAGCGAGGAGGCAGUGUCAUUUCGCCGUGAACGCAGCACAUUUAGGCGCCAGGCAGUACGGCGCCGGCACAAUGCAGGGAGUAACCCUACCCCUCCUACAUUGCUCAUCGGAUCACCCCUCAGCCUUCAAGAUGGUCAGCAAGGCCAGCAGUCCACAGCCCAGGUCAAAGUCCAGUCCCGCCCCCCUUCCCAGGCUGCAGUGCUCAGUGCUAGUGCCUCCUUGCUGGUGAGAAAUGGGAGUGUCCACUUAGAAGCAUCACAUGACAAUGCAUCUGCUGUAGGCGGCAGCAGUUUGCACGAUGAACUUGGUAAGUUCUCUUCUACGCUUUAUGAGACUGGUGGCUGUGAUAUGUCACUUGUGAAUUUUGAACCGGCAGCAAGAAGAGCAUCUAAUAUCUGUGACACGGAUUCUCAUGUAUCCAGUUCUACCUCAGUUCGAUUUUAUCCACAUGAUGUGCUCUCUCUUCCACAGAUUCGGUUGAACAGACUAUUGACGAUCGAUACAGAUUUGUUGGAGCAGCAAGACAUUGACCUCAGCCCUGACUUGGCAGCGACUUAUGGUCCAACCGAAGAAGCUGCUCAAAAGGUUAAACACUAUUACCGCUUUUGGAUCUUACCCCAGCUGUGGAUCGGCAUUAACUUUGACAGACUCACACUUUUGGCCCUGUUUGAUAGAAAUCGUGAGAUUCUGGAAAAUGUGUUAGCUGUCAUCCUGGCUAUUCUUGUGGCUUUUUUGGGAUCUGUUCUUCUCAUACAAGGCUUCUUCAGAGAUAUCUGGGUCUUCCAGUUCUGCCUAGUGAUAGCCAGCUGUCAAUACUCGCUACUUAAGAGUGUUCAACCAGAUUCGUCUUCUCCCAGACAUGGCCAUAAUCGUAUCAUUGCCUACAGUAGACCAGUUUAUUUCUGUUUGUGUUGUGGUCUUAUUUGGCUCUUGGAUUAUGGUAGCAGAAACCUUACUACAACCAAGUUCAAAUUAUAUGGAAUAACUUUCACUAAUCCACUGGUGCUGAUAUCAGCCAGGGAUUUAGUUAUAGUGUUUACACUCUGUUUCCCAAUAGUGUUUUUCAUUGGUCUCCUGCCUCAGGUGAAUACGUUUGUUAUGUACCUUUGUGAACAAUUGGAUAUUCAUAUCUUUGGUGGUAAUGCCACUACAAGCUUGCUUGCAGCCCUUUACAGUUUUAUCUGUAGCAUUGUGGCGGUAGCCUUACUGUAUGGAUUGUGUUAUGGGGCUUUAAAGGAUUCUUGGGAUGGCCAGCAUAUUCCAGUACUUUUCUCCAUUUUUUGUGGUUUAUUAGUGGCAAUAUCCUAUCAUCUCAGUCGACAAAGCAGUGAUCCCUCUGUACUUUUCUCUUUGGUGCAAUCUAAGAUUUUUCCAAAAACAGAAGAGAAAAAUCCAGAAGAUCCUCUGUCUGAAGUAAAAGAUCCACUGCCUGAAAAACUUAGAAAUUCUGUUAGUGAGCGUUUACAAUCUGACCUAGUAGUAUGCAUUGUAAUUGGUGUGCUGUAUUUUGCUAUUCAUGUAAGCACGGUGUUCACAGUGUUGCAGCCUGCUCUCAAGUAUGUGUUAUAUGCAUUGGUCGGCUUUGUAGGUUUUGUAACCCAUUAUGUGCUGCCUCAAGUUAGAAAACAGCUACCAUGGCACUGUUUUUCUCACCCUCUGCUGAAGACAGUGGAGUAUAAUCAAUACGAAGUUCGGAAUGCAGCCACUAUGAUGUGGUUUGAGAAACUUCAUGUGUGGCUUCUUUUUGUGGAGAAGAAUAUCAUCUACCCAUUGAUUGUUCUUAAUGAACUUAGUAGCAGUGCAGAGACCAUUGCUAGUCCAAAAAAACUGGAUACAGAAUUAGGUGCUUUAAUGAUCACCAUUGCUGGUCUGAAGUUGCUACGAUCCUCUUUCAGCAGCCCUACAUAUCAGUAUGUCACAGUCCUCUUCACUGUGCUCUUUUUCAAAAUCGACUAUGAAGCGUUUUCAGAGACCAUGUUGUUGGAUCUCUUCUUCAUGUCUAUACUCUUCAACAAGCUUUGGGAACUCCUUUAUAAAUUGCAGUUUGUGUACACUUACAUUGCCCCAUGGCAAAUUACAUGGGGUUCUGCUUUCCAUGCUUUUGCUCAGCCCUUUGCAGUACCCCAUUCAGCCAUGUUGUUUGUUCAGGCUGCUGUAUCGGCCUUUUUUUCUACUCCACUAAAUCCCUUUCUAGGAAGUGCAAUAUUCAUCACUUCGUAUGUUCGACCUGUCAAAUUCUGGGAGAGAGACUAUAACACAAAACGAGUGGAUCAUUCGAAUACCAGAUUGGCUUCCCAGCUUGAUAGAAAUCCAGGAUCAGAUGACAACAAUCUGAAUUCCAUCUUUUAUGAACAUUUAACCAGAUCCCUACAACACAGUCUCUGUGGUGAUUUGCUCCUAGGACGGUGGGGAAACUACAGUACGGGGGACUGUUUCAUUCUUGCCUCUGACUACCUCAAUGCAUUAGUACACCUUAUAGAGAUAGGCAACGGGCUAGUCACUUUCCAGCUGCGGGGACUUGAAUUCAGAGGUACUUACUGUCAACAACGGGAAGUAGAGGCCAUUACUGAAGGCGUUGAAGAAGAUGAAGGAUUUUGCUGUUGUGAACCUGGUCAUAUUCCUCAUGUGCUUUCAUUUAAUGCUGCAUUUAGCCAGCGCUGGCUAGCUUGGGAAGUGAUAGUCACUAAGUAUAUUCUGGAGGGGUAUAGCAUCACUGACAAUAGUGCUGCUUCUAUGCUUCAAGUCUUUGAUCUUCGGAAAGUACUCACCACUUACUAUGUCAAGGGUAUCAUUUAUUAUGUUACAACUUCUUCUAAGCUAGAGGAGUGGCUAGCUAAUGAGACAAUGCAGGAGGGACUGCGUUUGUGUGCAGAUCGAAAUUAUGUUGAUGUAGACCCAACAUUUAAUCCAAACAUUGAUGAAGACUAUGACCAUCGACUAGCUGGCAUAUCCAGGGAGAGUUUCUGUGUGAUUUACCUCAACUGGAUAGAGUAUUGCUCUUCCCGAAGAGCAAAGCCACUGGAUGUAGACAAAGAUUCAUCCCUGGUGACUCUUUGUUAUGGACUUUGUGUUCUGGGACGGAGAGCUUUGGGGACUGCAUCCCACCAUAUGUCCAGUAAUUUAGAGUCAUUCCUCUAUGGACUACAUGCCCUAUUUAAGGGAGAUUUCCGUAUUUCUUCAAUUCGAGAUGAAUGGAUCUUUGCUGACAUGGAAUUACUAAGGAAAGUAGUAGUCCCGGGGAUCCGCAUGUCCAUUAAACUUCAUCAGGAUCAUUUCACUUCUCCAGAUGAGUAUGAUGACCCUACUGUGCUCUAUGAAGCCAUUGUGUCUCAUGAAAAGAACCUUGUAAUAGCUCAUGAAGGGGACCCUGCGUGGCGGAGCGCGGUUCUUGCCAAUUCUCCCUCCCUGCUUGCUCUGCGGCAUGUCAUGGAUGAUGGCACCAAUGAAUAUAAGAUCAUAAUGCUGAAUAGACGAUACCUGAGCUUCAGAGUCAUUAAGGUUAAUAAGGAAUGUGUCCGAGGUCUUUGGGCAGGACAACAGCAAGAGCUUGUGUUUCUACGUAACCGUAAUCCAGAGAGAGGGAGCAUCCAGAAUGCAAAACAAGCUCUGAGAAACAUGAUAAACUCAUCUUGUGAUCAACCUAUUGGCUACCCAAUCUUUGUCUCCCCCCUGACAACUUCUUACUCUGACAGCCACGAACAGCUUAAAGAAAUCCUUGGGGGACCUAUCAGCUUGGGCAAUAUCAGAAACUUCAUAGUGUCAACCUGGCACAGGUUAAGGAAAGGGUGUGGGGCUGGCUGUAACAGUGGUGGCAAUAUUGAAGAUUCCGACACUGGAGGUGGAAUUUCCUGCACUAGUAACAAUGCAACAAGUGCCAGUGACCCCCAUAGCAAUGUGUCCCAGGGAAGCACUGCAAAUCCAGGGCAAGGGUCGGGAGCAGGACCCCAUCCACCUGUCACAUCUUAUCCUCCAGCACUAGGCACUAGCCACAGCUCCCACUCUGUCCAGUCAAGCCUGGUCAGACAGUCCCCUGCUCGGGCCUCAGUGGCCAGCCAGUCGUCUUACUGCUACAGCAGCCGGCACUCGUCUCUCCGGAUGUCCACCACGGGGUUCGUGCCCUGUCGGCGCUCGUCCACCAGUCAGAUAUCGCUCCGGAACUUGCCGUCCUCCAUCCAGUCCCGCCUCUCCAUGGUGAACCAGAUGGAGCCCUCCGGUCAGAGCGGCGUGGGCUGUGUGCAGCAUGGCCUCCCCUCUUCCAGCAGCUCCAGCCAGAGCAUCCCGGCCUGCAAACAUCACACUCUCGUGGGCUUUCUUGGGACAGAGGGAGGUCAGAGCAGUGCCGCCGAUGCCCAGCCGGGCAACCCCUUAAGUCCUGCCAAUAAUUCACACGCCAAAAGGGGGGAAGUGAUUUACAGAGUCCAAAUCGUGGAUCCCAGUCAAGUUCUGGAUGGGAUCAACCUAUCAAAAAGGAAAGAGCUGCAGUGGCCUGAUGAGGGUGUCCGGUUAAAAGCUGGGAGAAACAGCUGGAAAGACUGGAGUCCUCAGGAGGGCAUGGAAGGCCAUGUGAUUCACCGAUGGGUGCCUUGCAGCAGAGAUCCAGACGUUGGAAAAAGAGAGGAGAGCGCAGAAGAUGCCUGCAGGUUUUCCUCUGCUCCUGUGUGGGAGAUACUUGGAUGUAGAGUGGGCUCGGCCAAGCGCCUCUCCUUCGCCCUUCACCCUGACUCCUGUCACUGUCUCCAUCCCCAAAUAAAGCUGAACUAUUUUUUUAAGUUAGCUGCCGACAAAACAUUUUGCAUGAAGGAUAAAGUUCUGUUAAAUUACAUCCUUACAAAAAUUUUUUUCCUAUGCAUUGCCUAUGCUUUAAAUCAACAAACUCUUCAUUUCUAAACUACGAUCUCAUAUUUUUCUAAUUUCUUUGCCAAAAAUAAUUGCCAUGUUUUGUCAUAGAACAUGAAAUCCAUUUACCUUGAUUUUUAAAAACAGACCAGUGUAGAAACCUUCACUUUGACGUUUAGCAGUAUGAAAGUUUCAUGUACAGUGAAAGAGACUAUGAACAGACAUAGAUUUAUCUUAUUCCUUGAGCGCUAAAAAACUUUAAUGAGAAAACUGCACUAAUUUUUUACAACAAUGCACUAAAGUCUGAGAUUUCUCAGAACAUUUAUUUAUAUAUAAAAAUAAAAUACCAUUAUUUAAAUUGCCUUUGGGAUUAACCCCUGCCCUUUCCUUAAACAUACAUAGCAGGAACUGUGCUGCUCAUUUUUUUGUCAGUAACCUAUACUCCAUUGCCAGUACAUUGGGUGUUUUCUCUAAAAUGAACCUUAAGGGUCAAGAGGUACAUAGCUUCAUCGUUGGAGAUAGCGGUCAGUGCGUCGGUCCUGUGAACACCACUGCCAGCUCCUGUGUCCACACAUCGGAGGCGCUCCAGCACCGGUGUGCCCCAGCUCCUCUUGGGGCAAGCUCUGCUGGGGUCAGUUCUGGGAAGAAAAUACUUUUAUUUUUCAAAGAAGAAGAUGAGCAUCCAGGAACUUAAAAAAAGGAUCGAUUGCUUUUCUAUUCAGAGUCAUUAGCUCUUGAAGUUACUCACAUGCAGUUCAGUUAAUCAAGUAAAAUUUUUUCAAACGAAAUUAUCCAGAUGGUGCAGUUCUUGUUAUGUCCCUCUUCAAUAACCUCGCCUUUUAUUUUGCUCCUCUCUUCUUUUUCUAUUACUUGAAUUUUAUUUCCUGUAAUUUAUAGUGUGUAGGUGUAAUUUGAAAUAUUUAUAACUGUGAAAUUGACUUAAUAUGUUGUCUCAUAACUUAAAUUUUAUUGUUUUUUUUUUUUUUUUAAAUACACGUGUAUUCAGGGAAAUAUAUAAUUCAGAUUUACAAUUGGGCUAGGUGGCAACUGUGGUUUAGAUUUAAUUUUCAAUUUCCGGCAUUUUUUAAAUCCUUCCGAAAACUUUCCCCUUUUGUGUGAAACUCCAAAGAAUAUGUAUACAUCUCCUGAGCAUUUAGGAGCAGCCAUCUUUCCACCCCACUGCAAACGGGAAGUAGAAAGCAGGUGUGAAGUUAAUCUUCAAUGUGUAUUUUAUUUAGUCUGAUACAUCCAGAGUGUUACUCUUUCCCCAUGUGGCGCUAGCCACAUUUCAGGUACUCACCGGCCACAUGUGCCUGGUGGCUCCUGUAUUGGACGACACAGGUGUAAAGUAUCUUUUGAUGAGGUGACAGGAGAGAGAAGCUGUUUCCGCACUAACCCCUACUGUCGCUCUCACAGUAUAGCAUAACACUUCCGUAGAUGGAAUGAAAACUAACAUCCGACUACAUUUCCAUUCCACAGUGUGGUUAUUUUGCCCUUUUCUAAUUUACAGUUUUCGUAGUUAUUCAGGAUCCAGUGUACCUCGUGCUGACAUUUCCAGACUUCGCGCUUUGCCAAAUGUACUUUUUAAAAACAUUUGUCAAGUGAUUUACUGAACCUUUACACAAAGGUACCCAUUCUAAAUUGACCAACUAAAACGUAUUUUCCUGAUACUGUUGUUACAUUCUGUAUUUGCCGCAUUUUGGCAAAUCUACAGUAUGUCAUUAAGGUCCAAGGCUUUUAUGUUUCUCUUCUGAAACCGAAUAUAUGAUCUGUCUAUCUAACCAUCUAUAUUUAUUUAAAAUCUUCUCAAAGGAAUUAUGAUUCCUGCUGCCUGUUCUCUUUCUGAAAUGAAUAUGAUCUUUUCAUGGUCAUUACCUAGAUGGGAAGAUACAUGGAAUCCUUUCAGUCCUAAAUGGAAGAUAAUUCAUUUGCCUACACAGAAAAAAAAAAAAAUCUGAGCUUCAGAUGAUUCAGUCAGAAGGGCUAUUCCUAGCCUCACACCC